AUGGACGUGAAGCGUCUGAAGGUGACUGAGCUUCGGGCUGAGCUGGGUCGCCGUGGUCUCGAUUCUCGUGGGCUAAAGGUGGAGCUUGCCCAGCGGCUGCAGGAGGCCCUGGACGCCGAGAUGCUGGCGGCCGGGCCCGAGGAGGCCGGCGCUGCCGGGGCCUGCUCUGGGGUGGAGCCGGGGCCCGCGGGGGGCCCUGUCGGAAUCCAUCCGCGUGGGGAGGGCGAUGACGACGAGGACGAAGAAGAGGAGGAGGAAGAGGAAGAAGAGGAGGAAGAUGAGGAGGCGCUGCUGGCUGACGAGGAGCCGGCCCCGGCCUUGGGCGGGGAGGCCCACCCCCAGCCCGGGCCCCAGGAAGAAGCGGCCCAGGCCCAGACGCAGCCCCAGCCCCAGCCCGAAGAGAGCGAAGGAGGCGGCGUGAAUGGAGCUGAGCGACCGCAGGAAGAGGGGCCCAGCGGGGAUGAGGCGGCGGCGGCCGAGGCUGAGACCAAAGAGGGGGGCGAGGAGCCCGUGGACGAAGAGGACGGGGAUAAAUCAAAGCCAACAGGUUCAGAUGGAGAGCGGCGAGGGGUUAAGAGACAACGUGAAGAAAAAGAAGAACAUGGCCGUGCUUAUUAUGAAUUCCGAGAGGAAGCUUACAAUAGUCGGUCUAAGUCUCCACCACCACCAGAAGAAGAACCGAGAGAGGAAGAUGAUGAAACUGUUGUGAUCCUGGACACAUAUACAUCUGAUCUCCACUUCAAAGCAAGCAAGGACCGCUAUGGAGGACAACCUCUUUUCUCAGAGAAGUUCCCCUCCCUUUGGUCUGGGGCCAGGAGCACCCAUGGAGUGACAAAGGGGAAAGUCUGCUUUGAGGCAAAGGUGACACAGAAUCUUCCAGUGAAGGAAGGUAGUACAGAGGUCCCGCUUCUUCGGGUUGGAUGGUCUGUGGAUUUCUCUCGUUCCCAACUAGGUGAGGAUGAGUUUUCCUAUGGCUAUGAUGGACGAGGAUUAAAGGCUGAAAAUGGGCAGUUUGAGGAGUUUGGUCAGCCCUUUGGGGAGAAUGAUGUGAUCAGCUGCUUUGCUAACUUUGAGAGUGAAGAGGUGGAGCUGUCCUUUUCCAAGAAUGGGGAAGAUCUGGGAGUAGCCUUCCAGAUCAUUAAAGAAUCUCUGGGUGAGAGAGCCCUCUUGCCACAUGUGCUGUGCAAAAACUGUGUGGUUGAAUUGAACUUCGGUCAGAAGGAGGAGCCCUUCUUCCCAAUUCGUGAGGAAUAUGUGUUCAUCCAUGCCAUUCCAGUUGAAGAUCGAGUGCGCACACCUCUUCCACCAAAAACCACAGAGGAAUGUGAGGUACUGCUGAUGGUUGGACUGCCAGGGUCUGGAAAGACCCAGUGGGCACAGAAGUACACCCAGGACAAUCAAGAGAAACGAUACAACAUCUUGGGAACAGAGACUGUUCUUUACCAAAUGAGGACAAAGGGCCUUGAAGAAGAAGAAGUAGAUCCCAAGAGCCGAGACCUGUUAAUCCAGCAAGCUGCCCAGUGCCUUAGCAAGCUGGUUCAGAUUGCUCCCAGGGCAAAGAGAAACUACAUUCUUGAUCAGUGUAAUGUGUAUAACUCUGGUCAGCGACGGAAGCUGCUUGCUUUCAAGGGUUUCUCUCGCAAGGUGAUCGUGAUUGUUCCCAACGAAGAAGACUGGAAGAAGAGGCUGGAAUUGAGGAAAGAGGUUGAGGGGGAGGAUGUGCCUGAAUCAGUGAUGCUGGAAAUGAAAGCUAACUUCUCACUUCCGGAGAAGAGUGAUUACUUAGAUGAGGUGAUGUAUGAAGAGCUGGUGAAAGAGGAGGCCCAGCCACUGGUCACCAAAUACAAGGAGGAGGCCAGAAAACUGCUCCCUCCAUCUGAGAAACGGGCAAACCGUCGCAAUAAUCGCAACAAACGCAACCGUCAGAACCGCAACCGAGGCCAGGGAUAUGUUGGUGGGCAGCGCCGAGGUUAUGACAAUCGAUCUUAUGGGCAGCAGCAGUACUGGGGGCAGCCUGGAAACAGAGGAGGUUACCGUAAUUUCUAUGACCGGUACAGAGGGGAUUAUGAUCGAUUCUAUGGACGCGAGUAUGACUACAACAGAUACCGAGAUUACUACAGGCAGUACAACCGGGAGUGGCAGAACUACUACCAAGACAGAGACCGAUACUACAGGAACUACUACGGAUACCAAGGAUAUCGGUGAAAUCCCAGCCGUCUUCACCCUUCAGCCAAGAAGCUGAAUGUGCGGAGGUGUCUGCCACUUCCACAAACAC